CAAAUCAUUCCUUAGGAGGGGUAAAUCAGUAUUGCUUUAUUGAUUUUCUAUGAUUUAUAUGUGAAAAACUGGCACACUGAUUCUAUUCAGCACAGAGGCUACUCAACCUCAAUUGUAUGAACUGCAUGGCUUUUUUUAAAAAAGGGUCAUGUCCUCCAUCUGUUCAUGCACAAACCUUGGUAUAAUACAAUCCGUCAACAGCAGAAAUUAUUUACUGUUCCCCCUGCGUUCAGAUAAAUUGAAACUGUGCAUGUGUAUUUACAUCUACAUAAAGUAUUUCACCCACAAUGAUUAUAUGUUUAUGAUGUUUUCUAAAUAAAGGUUCAUGAAUCUUACAAAGCUCAAACAGUUUUUGGAGAUACCGCUUCAAAAUCUCUCAGGCAUAGCCCAAAUUGAUCAUAUAUAUUGCUUUUAUAACCAGCAUAUGCAUAUAUUUUAAAAUUAAAGUAUACAAUUUUAAUUUUAAAAUGCAGUUCCCUGGGACCUUUGCACAUCAGAAUGCAGACACAUAUGUGAGAAGCGCCUGGAAUCUGGAAAGCUAGCAUGUUUUCUGCAGCGUUUAGAAAUGAAUAGAAAAGCAGCUUACAGACAAUUGUAUAAUCAGAUUCCAUUCCUCACAAUAACUCCAUUUGCUGGGACUGUUUUCUUCUCUUUUAGAGAUAGGUCUUCCUAGAAAAAUCUCCAAAGUGCCUUAAAUCCUCAGAAUGAGCUCUCCUUGCUGCUAUCAGAGACCGGAGGACUGUCACAAACACUUGGCUUACACAUAUAUAUUCCAAUGAAUUACCUUUCCAGUGGGGACUGAUCCCUUUGACUCUCUGCAUUGGCAUAAGUGGAAGGUUGUGGGAAAUUUGGAGUCCAGGAAUCCACAUGUGGAGUUCCAGAAGGAACUGACUAAAUCACCUCAAUGUGUUAAUGAUUAGAGAAUGCAAAUUCGUACCUUGGAUGGAUGUCUGGGGAUAUGAAUGGAAUUACCUGUGAAUUUCCCCCCCACUCAGUAUAAUGCAAGCGAUAAAUGUACUUGAAUGGGUCACCACAUACUCUUAGUUGAAUGGAGCCUCUGCGUCUGACCAUAUUUCUAAAGCUAAGGAUUUGGAAAAACAACUUUUGAAGACAUGACCCAUUUGCAUACUGGACUCAGUCCAGAAAUCAUAGAGAAAGCCCGUCUGGAACUUAAUGAAAAUCCAGAUGUUUUACACCAGGAUAUUCAGCAAGUAAGGGACAUGAUCAUCACAAGACCUGACAUUGGAUUCUUGCGUACAGAUGAUGCCUUCAUCCUGAGAUUUCUCCGAGCCAGAAAGUUUCAUCAAACAGAUGCCUUCAGGUUAUUGGCUCAGUAUUUCCAAUACCGGCAGCUGAAUUUGGAUAUGUUUAAAAAUUUCAAGGCUGAUGAUCCAGGGAUCAAACGAGCUCUGAUUGAUGGAUUCCCAGGAGUGCUAGAAAACCGUGAUCACUAUGGCAGAAAGAUACUUUUGCUCUUUGCAGCCAGUUGGGAUCAGAGUAGAAAUUCCUUCGUAGAUAUUUUACGGGCUAUUCUCUUGUCCUUGGAAGUUCUGAUUGAAGAUCAAGAGCUUCAGAUAAAUGGCUUCAUUCUAAUUAUAGACUGGAGUAAUUUUUCCUUCAAGCAAGCCUCCAAACUGACCCCUUCCAUCCUCAGACUGGCCAUUGAAGGGUUGCAGGACAGCUUUCCUGCUCGCUUUGGAGGCAUCCAUUUUGUGAACCAGCCGUGGUACAUCCAUGCUCUUUACACGCUAAUCAAGCCCUUCCUCAAAGACAAGACACGGAAAAGGAUCUUUCUUCACGGAAACAAUCUCAAUAGCCUUCACCAGCUCAUACACCCUGAUUGCUUACCUUCAGAGUUUGGAGGGACUCUUCCUCCCUAUGACAUGGGCACAUGGGCUCGGACGUUACUUGGACCGGAUUACAGCGAUGAGAAUGAAUACACUCACACAUCUUACAACACCAUGCAUGUGAAGCAUUCGUGUUCCAACCUAGAGAGGGAAUGCUCUCCAAAACUCAUGAAAAGGUCUCAGUCUGUGGUGGAACCCGGAAUAUUAAAGCGUGAAGAACAGAAUGUGAAUGAGAACACCCAGCCACUACUAGCUCUUGACUGAGAUUGAAAUCCCAGCGAAAUACAGCUGUAUCUUCAACUUCAGUGGUCCACAAUGCUUUUGAAGCAAAUGACAGGUUUAAUACACAUUAAUGUGCAUUCAGCUUAA